GCAGGUUGGCAACCCUUUGUUAUCAUUGAAGCUUGAUCGGGAAAGUCGCACUUUUGAAACCGGUGAAGACUAUUUUUUCGAGUUUUUCCUGAAAAUAUGGCUGCUGCUGCCGCUGCCAAAAUCGCCGAAGUGCGCGAAACCACCCGCGUGGAGAGAAUUGGGGCGCAUUCCCACAUUCGAGGCUUGGGCCUGAACGACAGCCUCGAGGCCCGCAAUGUGUCUCAAGGGAUGGUCGGGCAAGUCUCGGCGCGAAGGGCCAUCGGCCUGGUCCUCCAAAUGGUAAAAGACGGGCGCAUUGCUGGACGAGCUGUGCUAUUGGCUGGACAACCUGGGACCGGGAAGACUGCGAUUGCCACAGCUUUGGCUGCGGCUUUGGGCUAUGAUACCCCUUUCACUAGCAUGGCUGGCUCGGAAAUAUACUCGCUGGAAAUGAGCAAAACUGAGGCCCUAACGCAGGCGAUUAGGAAGAGUAUCGGUGUCAGGAUAAAGGAGGAGAGCGAGAUAAUCGAGGGCGAAGUAGUGGAGGUUCAGAUCGAAAGACCUGCCACCGGUGUGGGCACGAAGGUCGGCAAGCUGAUACUGAAAACCACUGACAUGGAAACCGUCUAUGACCUGGGGGGCAAGAUGAUUGACAGUAUUUUGAAGGAAAAGGUCCAAUCAGGGGAUGUGAUCACCAUCGAUAAGGCUACAGGCAAAAUCAGUCGGCUUGGACGGUCGUUCACCAGAGCAAGAGACUACGAUGCCACUGGCCAACAGACCAGAUUCGUUCAAUGCCCGGAGGGCGAGCUGCAGAAGAGGAAGGAAGUGGUUCAUACGGUCACUCUGCAUGAAAUCGAUGUCAUCAACAGCAGAACGCAUGGAUUUUUAGCACUGUUUUCAGGCGAUACUGGGGAAAUCAAGCCGGAAGUUCGGGAGCAAAUCAACGGCAAAGUAGCCGAAUGGAGGGAGGAAGGCAAGGCCGAAAUCAUCCCGGGUGUUCUUUUCAUUGACGAGGUGCACAUGCUUGAUAUUGAAUGCUUCUCCUUUAUGAACCGAGCGCUGGAAAAUGAAAUGGCCCCCAUAGUGAUCAUGGCCACUAAUCGCGGCAUUACGAAAAUCCGAGGCACCAACUACAAGUCGCCGCAUGGCAUUCCUUUGGAUCUUCUGGACAGAACCAUCAUCGUCCCCACUAGUCCUUAUGACGAGAAGGAACUGAGGGAGAUUUUAAGUAUACGCUGUGAGGAGGAAGACUGCCAGAUGUCGGACAACGCGCUUACAGUGCUGACCAGGAUUUGCAAAGAAACGUCGCUCAGAUACGGGAUGCAGCUGAUCAUGACCUCCAGCCUGAUUGCCAGGAAACGAAAAGCCCAGGAAGUUGAGGUGGAGGACAUCAAGCGGGCCUACCAACUGUUCUUCGAUGAGGGCCGCUCGGUCCAGUUCCUCAAAGAGUACCAGCAGGAGUUCAUGUUCAAUGAAGUGGAGGACGACCAGGACGAGGAUAAAAUGGAAACCAACUAAACGUUUCGGAAUCUCCUUGAGCCACCAAAGUUCCCAUUACUUAAGACUCGCUAGUUCUGUAAAGCAUUGCAAUGUUCAUUGGGGGAAAAUCAAUUGAUUCUCGCUGGUUGUAGGCCAGAGAAAGAGCCAGGUGUGCGCUUUAGCCUUUAAUCAAUAGAUAUUUCACAUAUUUCUA